AUGACCUCUCACCUCACUUUCACCCCUCUCGCCAUACCCACCAUGAUGCACAUCUUCUCCAAGCUCGUCGGUGUCGCUGCUGCCACUCAGGUUGCCCUCGCUGCACCUCAGCAUGGCUAUGGCGGUGGAGGCCGCACACUUCGAUUCACCAACAGUGGCACAUUCCAGAUCUCAGUCUUCGAGGAUCUUCACUAUGGCGAGGCCGAAGACCUAGUCUGGGGUCCCCAGCAAGAUGUUAACUCGACCCGCGUCAUGAACAGCAUCCUGGAUGACGAGCAUCCGCAGCUGGUAGUGCUCAAUGGCGAUCUGAUCACCGGUGAGAACACCUACAAGCAGAAUAGCACGAACUACGUGAAUGAAAUUGUGCAGCCACUGUUGCAGAGGAAUCUGGCCUGGGCCUCAACAUAUGGGAACCACGAUAGCGACUUCAAUCUAUCUCGCUAUGAAAUCCUGCAGCGCGAACAGUCUUGGACACUUUCUCUCACCAGACAAGACGUGCAUACAAGUACUGCCGGCGUGUCCAAUUACUGGCUACCAGUGCACGGCUCGAACGGCGACCAGAAAGUCCCUGAGCUGCUCUUAUGGUUCUUCGAUUCGCGAGGUGGCAACUAUUACCAACAGACAACAAGUGACGGCAAGUCAGUAACCCAGCCAAAUUUCGUCGAUCAAAGCGUUGUCGACUGGUUUACGGCGACCCGAGCUCAGUUGUGCUCGAAGUAUGGCAAAGACGUGCCAUCCUUAGCCUUUGUACACAUUCCAGUCAACGCGAUGCUCGCCUUCCAGCAAAGCAAGAAUGAUACUGGUGUACGACUGCACUACGAGCCUGGCAUCAACGACGAUGAUCCUCUUGCUCAACAAGGCUACGCUCAAGGCCAAGGCGAUGUCUCUGGCACAGUAGCCACCUAUGGCGGUCAGGAUAUCCCCUUCAUGCAGGCGCUUCUCGAUACACCAAACCUCAUCAGUGUUUUCUCUGGCCAUGACCACGGCGACGACUGGUGCUUUAAGUGGGACUCGAAGCUCCCAGGCAUGAACUUGACUGGUAAUGGUCUUGAUCUCUGCUUUGGCCGACACAGCGGCUAUGGAGGCUAUGGAAGCUGGACUCGCGGGAGUAGGCAGAUUCUGGUCACCGAGCAGCAGCUUAAACACAAUAUUGCCGAGACGUGGGUACGGUUGGAGACUGGUGAAGUUAGUGGUAGUGUUACGCUAAAUGGGACUUAUGGGCGGGACUACUAUCCUGCAGUGGCCGAUACAUCAUCGUCGUAG